AUGGUGAAGAUUGAAUCGGUCUGGUUUUUUUUGUGGCUUUUCCUUCUCUUUUUUUUUUUUUUUUUUUGGCUCCAUUCGAAAAGGCCCCGCCAUCUUAUCGGCUUAUCAGCCGCCAGUAAUGCGGGGCACGUGUCAGGGCGCUCUAGACUCGAGAGGUCAGUAUGCUCCAAGCUGCUAAAGUACGCGAGGAAAAAAUAUAACCAGACCCAUUUCUCCGUCUGUACGAACCCGAGCAAGGUCUUUUCACCGGUUGGCGUUGUCGCCAACAUGGACUCGCUUCUCGAGGGAUCGUCGACUCCUUCCAAACCUUACCUGAUGGUGAGAUCGCCUGUGGAAUGCAUCCAUCCCAUGUUGAUGCCCCGGAGAUCUCGCCCUCAGAGUGUGGGGUUUGAUGGCCUUGUGUGCCAGUAUGACAGGAACACUCAUCGGAACAAGGGACACGAGGCCCUGAUCGGCAUACCGAUCUGGUCACAAUGCCGUCUAGAACGGCCUCGAGAAGGCAGCGCGCCCAUCAAGAGAUGGCAUUCUGGAGAAUAUCGACUGGAUCCUGAUCGCAAUCUUGGGGAGGGCACAAUCCUGUUCUCGGGUCAUGCCAACUGA